AUGGAGGACUUUAUGAGGCAUAAGCUCUCAAAAUUCAUGGGAAAAUCCACUCCAGAUGAAGCCGAUGCUUGGCUCAGAGAGUGUGAGAAAAUCUGUAGAGUGAUCGAUUGCACAAAUGCUCAGAAGCUCGCAUUUGUCUCAUCCCUGCUGGUAGCUGACGCAGAAUACUGGUGGGCAGGCAUUCAGCAGCUCAUGCAAACCCGGGGCGAGGAGGUUACCUGGACUUCCUUCACGGCGAGAUUUCUGGAGAAAUAUUUUCCAGACAGUGCCAAGCACGAGAGAGAGGCGGAAUUCCUCACGUUCCAGUUCUACUCGCCCACUGUCACCGAGGAGUGGAGAUGCAAAAAAUAUGAGGGCGGGCUGAAACACGAGCUGCGCCGUUUUAUUGUACCUCUCCGGAUCAGGGAGUUUCCAGUCUUGGUGGAGCAGGCCAAGGCUGUAGAGCAGCCACAAAGUUCGGUUAAGAAACUGCAGUGCUACAACUGUGGUGGGCAGCUUCUUCGGAGGGAUUGUCUAAAACCCUCAGGCAGCUCUAGUGGUGGUGGUAUGACUAGCAAGUGUUACGUUUGUGAUCAGACGGGCCAUUUCGCACGUCACUGCCCGAAUAAGAAACCAGCUAGAGGUGCACCAACGAAGAAACCAGUCGGGGAUCGACCUAGAGCCCCAGGUUGUGAGAUACCCAUUCUCGUAUCCAAUGAAUGUGUGAGGAGGCUCGGUCUGGUGAUGCGAGAGCUGGCGUGCGAGUUAAUAGUUGUGACACCAGCAUUUGGAGAGGUAUCCACCACGUCUGUUUGUGUGGGAUGCCCUAUGGAGGUGGCAGGCUGCAGGUUCAAGGUGAAUCUCAUCUGCAUACCAAUGGAAGGGUUGGACGUGAUUAUGGGUAUGGAUUGGUUGGCCAGCAACCAUGUGGUAAUCGAUUGCGGGCAACACAGGGUGGUAUUCCCAGAUGUAGAAGGAUUGGAAUUGAUAUCAUCCAACCAAGCAAAGAAGGAGAUUGAAGCGGGAGCUACAUGUUUUAUGAUAGUAGCUCAGACGAAGAAGAAGAGUAUUGUAGAGAAGAUUAGUAUGAUUCCAGUGGUAGAUGAAUACGCAGAUGUCUUCCCUGAUGAAAUCCUAGAGUUGCCACCAAGUAGGGAUGUGGAUUCCACCAUUGAUCUCAUCCCUGGGGUUGGCCUAGUAUCUAUGGCACCGUAUCGGAUGGCGCCAGUUGAAUUAGCAGAGUUGAAGAAGCAGAUUGAGGAUCUGCUUGAAAAGAAGUUUAUCCGACCGAGUGCAUCACCAUGGAGAGCAUCGGUGCUGCUAGUGAAAAAGAAGGACGAUAGUUCUAGAUUGUGUGUAGAUUAUUGUCAGUUGAAUAAGAUGACUAUAAAGAAUAAGUACCCAUUGCCCAAAAUUGACGAUUUGUUGGAUCAAUUGAGGGGAGCAGCUGUGUUCUCUAAGAUUGACUUAAGGGUGACGAAUGCGCCUGCUCUAUUCAUGGACUACAUGAAUAGGAUAUUUCAGCCGUAUCUAGAUUAG